CCGGGCGCAGGAAGCGGAAAGCGGCGCGGCAGCUGCCGACCGAGAGGCCUCGGCUCCGUCCCACCGGCUGCAGCAUGCCGGGCAGGUAUAUGUUGAAGAUUAAGAUCCAUCCUUGCCUCCCAAGGACGGAGGGCUGGUAAUUGUGAUUGAUUAACUUUUUGGACUGGCAGCUGAUCAAGAAGAGUCUGAACUCUUCCUCUGUGGACCGAGUGACCCUUCUCAGGCACGAGACGUCUCCCUGCUCUUACCCACCUACUCCUUUGCCAUGGAUACAGAGUCCACCUACUCGGAAUAUUCCCACCACUCGAGUCACUCCAAAAAAUCUCAGAGACAAGGGAGCCGGGAUAGGCACAAAUCACCCCGGAGCAAAGAUAACAGUCAGUCGGAGAAGUCUGUUACCAUUCAGGCACCCCCUGCAGAGCCGUUAUUGGGGGAUGAUUCUUCUCGGAUGGAAGAGACUCAGGAUGACAACUGGGGUGAGACUACGACAGCCAUCACGGGUACCUCGGAGCGCAGCGUGUCCCAGGAGGACAUUUCCAGAAUCAGCAAGGACCUGGAGGACGGCGUCGGUUUGGACUGCAAGCGCUACCUUGUUUUCACAGUGGCUGCUGUCCUAGGGCUUCUAGUCUUCCUCACUCCCAUUGCCUUUAUUCUGCUCCCACAAAUCCUGUGGAGAAAUGAGUUGCAAGCGUGUGGCACGGCCUGCGAGGGACUCUUUAUCUCUGUGGCUUUUAAACUCCUGAUCCUUCUGAUUGGUACUUGGGUGCUCUUUUUCCGCCAGUCCAAGGCCAAUCUCCCGAGAUUAUUUAUGUUUCGCAUCCUCGUUUUGGUCCUCAUAUUUCUGCUGGUGUUUUCAUACUGGCUCUUUUACGGUGUUCGUAUUUUGGACUCCAAGGACCUCAAUUAUCAGGGAAUAGUGCAGUUUGCCGUGUCACUAGUGGACGCACUACUUUUUGUGCAUUAUCUGGCUAUUGUGCUGCUGGAGCUGAGGCAGCUGCAACCAAUGUUCACAAUCAAGGUGGUUCGGUCGACAGAUGGAGAAUCACGCUACUAUAGUUUGGGGCACUUGAGUAUCCAACGUGCUGCUGUGGUCGUUUUGGAAAAUUACUAUAGAGAUUUUGUGAUCCACAACCCAUUGGUGAUCACGGCUUCCAAGGCACGUGCUGCAAAACACAUGGCCGGUCUGAAGGUCUACAGUGUGGAUGGGCCCGAUAACAGUACUGCUGGUCAGUCCCGGGCCAUGAUUGCUGCUGCUGCUCACCGCCGAGAUUCCAGUCACAAUGAGCUCUACUACGAAGAAGCUGACCACGAACACAGGGUCCGAAAACGCCGAGCAAGGUUGGUGGUUGCAGUUGAAGAAGCGUUCACCCACAUUAAGCAUCUCCAGGCAGAGGAGCAGCAGCAGAAAGCCCCGGGAGAGGUGAUGGACCCCCGAGAGGCAGCACAAGCCAUCUUUCCCUCCAUGGCGAGAGCCUUACAGAAGUACCUCCGCACAACUCGGCAACAGCACUAUCACACCAUGGAGAGCAUCCUGCAACACCUGGCCUUCUGCAUCAGCAACAACAUGACCUCAAAGGCCUUCCUGGAGCGUUACCUCAGACCAGGUCCAACCAUGCAGUACGACAGGGACCGUUGGUUGUCCAAACACUGGACGCUCGUUAGUGACGACGCAGUUACCAAAGGAUUAAGGGAUGGUGUAGUGUUUGUUCUCAAGUGCUUGGACUUCAGUCUUAUUGUUAAUGUGAAGAAAAUUCCCUUCAUCAAACUCUCAGAGGAGUUCAUAGACCCCAAAUCUCACAAAUUUGCCUUUCGCUUGCAGUCUGAAACUUCCGUUUAGGGAGACGUGUGUAUGGGGGUACUAAGGACAGGGUAUUUUCCAGCUUUGUGCUUGCGGAGUUUUAUUCUUCCCUGUUGUUCUGACUGAAAAGAACAAGAGAUGGAUCAGGAAUAUUUUUGCCAUGUGCACUUUAUCUGGAAAGAAGAGGUAGGGGGGCAGUCUCUUCGGAAAGAUCUGAAGAGGAUCAGGUUAGUUUAUGUCAUCAGGAAUGAAUUCUUGACCUUGGGUUGUACACGUUGCAGCCGAUGUGGCAUUCCACUUUUCUUGACUUGUUGCCUUAGACAAGCAGGUGUAUGAAUUCUGCUAGCCCUGUGGCUUUCUACUUAAAGUCCUUGUUUGCUCAGCUUCCGACGCCAUCAGUUCAUUUCAGAUAUUUCAUCUCACCAUAGUUUGUGCUCAGCAUAGUUUAGGGACCAAUCCCAAAUUAGGGACCAAAGCCUAAUUUGAGCUUCCAAAAAUACCAGAUGUAAAACAUGACUUUGAGCUCUCGUUUUGCGUUCUAGGCUCUGUUUCCCAAAGUCUUGGAGUGAAACGAUGGGAUGGUGGUGUGACUGUGGUUUGUCGAAUCAGAUAUGAGAGUGUAUCAGGUGACAGUGAACUUGGCUGACCGUAUUUUGAUGGGAUGUUUGUAGUGAAGAUGGCAAAAGGGGCAAUUAGGGUGUGGGGUUGAGAUUGCUGAUCUGCUUCAUGUCUGGACCUUGAGGCAAAACGCAUCCACACAACUCCAGCUUUCCAUGGCCGGGAGAGGGAAUGGAAUCCGCAGCUGUUUCCUUCAGCUCAUACUGAGGCUGCUUGAAUCAUGUCCACUUGCUUGUUUCCCAAUAGUUAAGGGCAGGGCUUUUUUUCUGGGAAAAGAGGUGGUGGAACUCAGUAGGUUGCCAGCACAGAGGGCAACUCUUGGCGGGAGGUGGUGUCCCUGGUACCACAUGCGCAAAGUGCGCGCACAGUCCCAGGACCAAUGACGUCACUUUGGAUCAGCUGGAACAAGGGGGGAGCUUUUAAAAGUUUAA